AAACCACAGUCAAGACAAAUAGAUCUUGUUUGUUCUCAUAAGAUUCACCGAAGUCUCUUUGGUUAAGUAAAUACUGCUACACUAUCACCAUAUCUCCAAGUUCCAAUGGAGCAAUUCGGAACAAGAAAGGUGCGAGUAAUGCUCGUGCCCCUCCCUCUCCAGGGGCACCUAACACCGAUGCUUCAACUAGCAAGUGUUCUCCAUUUAAGGGGAUUCUCGGUCAUUGUUGCACACACCGAGUUCAACUCUCCCGAUCCCCAACUCCACCCGGAUUUCACCUUCAUCCCAUUGAAAGAUGGUGUCUGCUCCCCUUCUGCCAAUCUGCUGGACAUGAUAGCAGCCAUCAACACAAACUGCAUGGAACCACUUCAAAAAUGCAUAGUGGAACAGCAAGGCCAAGUUUCUUGCAUCAUUUAUGACUCCCUUUUGCACUUUGUGGACACCCUGGCUCAUUGUUUGAAGCUUCCUGCCAUCUUCUUUCGCCCUACAACUGCUGUUUAUAUGCAAUCCUAUCUCGCCCUUCUGUCACUCCAUGAAAAGAUGAUCAUCCCCUUACCAGAGUCUCAGCUUGAGGAGCCAGUGCCAGAGCUUCAUCCAGCAAUCAGGUUCAAGGAUCUGCCUCUUUCAGUCUUGUCCAAGAUGUCACAAGUAUUAAUAGAUUUUGUGAAGAGUUUCAGUGAUAUAAAAUCUGCUGUAGCAGUAAUAUGUAACAGUGUGGAAAUUCUAGAUGACUUUUCCCUUCAGCACCAAUAUCAAGUGCCUUUCUUUCCAAUAGGCCCUCUUCACAAAAUGGCUUCAUCAUCAUCAAUGCAAACUAGCCUACUGCAAGAAGAUCCUGGCUGCAUAGCCUGGCUCGACAAACAAGGCCUCAAAUCCGUGCUCUACGUGAGCUUGGGCAGUGUAGCCACAUUGAGUAGUGAAGUACUAGUUGAGACGGCAAUGGGAAUUGCCAACAGUGGGCAGCCCUUCUUGUGGGCCAUUCGCCCCUCCUCCGUUGCUGGAUCAGAGUGGAUCGAGUGUCUGCCCCAAGGGCUGAGGGAAGUGAUCCAAGAACGCGGGAUGAUUGUGAAGUGGGCACCUCAGAAAGAGGUUCUGGCUCACCCAGCGGUUGGCGGGUUCUUAAGCCAUUGUGGGUGGAACUCGACUCUUGAGAGCAUGAGCCAAGGAGUUGCAAUGAUAUGCAUGCCUUUCUUUGGGGACCAAAGGAUCAAUGCAAGGUUCUUGGUCCAUGUGUGGGAAGUUGGUGUGGAGAUAGGGAAUAAGGCUGAUAGGAAGAGCAUCGAGGAGGCUGUGAGGGUGCUGAUGGUGGAGGAGCAAGGGAAGGAUAUGAGGCUGAGAGCUGCAGAGAUAAAGCAUAAGCUUCACCUCUCUACGGUUAAAGAUGGCUCUUCUUGUAGAGCAUUGGAUGACUUGGUUGAGUUUAUUACAUCAUUAUCAGCCCCAAAGUGAAAGUAGCUGAUUUUGGUUUGAUAAUGUAUUAAUUUGUAUGAUUGCUGUUUGAAAAUAAUCAAUGUAAUUGUGAUCUUAAUAUUUAUGAUGAAGAAUUGGCUGCUUUUGGUU